UGUGAAUGGCAAAUGGUAAACAAAUCAAGAGAUAUUUUUUUUUAUCCAUUUGUCAUUUUUCACUUGCAUACUGUAGUUUGACGUGAAGGUAGGAAUUUGGUGAUUACUCUAUGUUUCUGUGUUAUUGGAAACCUGGAAGUAUUAAAUACAUUAAUUUUCUUCUAAUUUUCAAACACUUCUAGAAACAGGCUAAGAAUCCGGGUUUUUCUGUUAUUUUGGUUUGUCUCAAUAUUAAUAAUAGUAGUUUUUUGCGAUUAUUAGUCACUUAUCAUGACAGAUCUGCCAAAGACUGAGUACAAUGUUAAAAUCUGCGCUUCAAAGUAAGCUUCUUCAAACACUGCCUGAUGAUAGACCUGUUACAGCUUUACAAAUUGUAGAGAACGUUGAAAAGUGCCCUAGAGGUUUCUAUCCUAUCAUUAAAACGUAUGACCAAGACUCUGAUGCUGACUUAGGAGAAAAGUCGAUCUUUAAAAGCUCAUCAGGAAGAUAUUUGUGUAUAUCCAAGAGUGAAGGACUGCCCAACUUUGUUGUUCAAGAAAUAUUUAUAUUAAAUGAAAAAGCUAGUCCACCUAAAGGAUUUAGCUUGUUAAAUCGGACUGCAGACACAAGCCAGAAAGCUUGGAAGAAAAAGCAGAUUUGCUAUCGUUUAGUUAACUUAAAGGAAACAAAAACUGCCAUAACUGAUAUCAUAAUCUGUAGUAGAUUGAAAAAGGCGCCAAGUGGAUUUUCUUUUGCUGGAGAUUUGAACGGUGUUACACUUUGUUACAAAAUGGGUAAUACCGAAUCGACUCAAAAUGGCACUGCCCCUGAUAGACCACCUAAACCAAUGUCGCCAAAUAGUAAUAAUAUGUAUCCCUCACUCGGUGAAAGUGACCACGACUACGAAAUCUUAAGACCCGGACCAGGUUAUGGCCCUCCCGGACCUAUCAGACCCGCCCCCAAGCCACCGGCACCCGCCAUUCCCGUCAACCCUAUGCAACCCUCAUUGCAACACCAGAAUUCGACUCACACUUUAGGAAAUAGCACGCAUUUCGGACUGGAAGGGGUGCCGUUUGUCGUCAACCCCAAGUUUUUGUCUAGCUCUGGUGACAGCAGGUUUCAGCUUCCUAAAAUAAAAACCAAGACGAUGCAACAGAUACUAAAAGAAUAUGAUUACACUUUUACUGUCGAACGCCAAGCCCAAUAGAGAGAAAUAACGAAAAAAAAAA